GGGGCGCGUCUUCAACGCGAGAAAAACCAUUCAAAACCGCCAGAGCGAAGAGCGGCCUCCCUCCGCAGCUUCCAUCAACUCACCGAGACUACAGCCACCAAACACCCGGCACCCUGCGACCAGCCACCCGAUAAGAAAAGCCCUGAAACAUGGCCCCGAUCUCCAUCCAGACCGUGUUGAUCAGUGAAAGUGUUGACCCUCGCUGCAAGGUGAUUCUGGAGGAAAAUGGCAUCCGAGUUACCGAAAAACCGAACAUGAAGAGGGAUGAAUUAAUGGCGGAGAUCAAGGACUAUGACGGCCUUGUGGUCAGAUCCGCGACGAAGGUAACGGCCGAUGUCAUCAACGCCGCUGACAAUCUCAAAAUCAUUGGGAGGGCUGGAACUGGCGUGGACAAUGUGGAUGUUGAUGCUGCCACCACGAAGGGUAUUAUUGUCAUGAACACGCCGAGCGGGAACACCAUCAGUGCCGCCGAGCUGACGUGUGCUCUGCUGAUGAGCCUCUCAAGAAAUGUGCCUCAAGCCGCAAUGUCGAUGAAACAAGGCAACUGGGAUCGCAAAAAGUUCAUGGGCGCAGAGCUGUACGGCAAAGUACUCGGAAUAGUUGGACUCGGAAGAAUAGGAAAGGAAGUCUCCUCCAGGAUGCAAUCAUUCGGCAUGAGGACCAUCGGCUAUGAUCCGAUCACUCCGGUAGAGGUGUCUGCCGGCUGGGGGGUAGAGCAGAUGUCUCUGGAGCAGCUGUGGCCCCAGUGCGACUACAUCACUGUGCACACGCCCCUAAUGCCCUCCACAGUUGGUCUGCUCGGGGAUGAAACGUUUGCUAAAUGCAAGAAGGGAGUGAAGGUUGUGAACUGUGCACGAGGGGGCAUCAUCGACGAGGCGGCGCUCCUCAGAGCUUUGGAGUCCGGACAGUGCGGAGGAGCCGGGCUCGAUGUCUUUGUGGAGGAGCCUCCUAAGAACCGCCCAUUGGUCGAGCAUCCCAAUGUCAUCAGCUGUCCUCACCUGGGCGCCAGCACGAAGGAGGCUCAGGCCCGUUGUGGGGAGGACAUCGCUCUGCAGAUUGUGGACAUGGUGAAAGGCAAGAAGCUGGUUGGAGCCGUAAAUGCACCGGUUCUGGCCAGCACAUUCUCCCAGGAUUCCCACCAGCUGAUCAAACUUGGAGAAGCCGUCGGAGCUGUGCUGCAGUCCUGCACUACUUCGACGAAACCAUUUGAACGCGUGCGAAUCACUACACGAGGGGACUGCAUGAAGUCCUCCACUGCUUACAUGACUUCCUCAGUGCUGGUCGGACUGCUGAGCCGCGACUCUGGCUGUUCCCCAAACCUCGUCAACGUGCUGAGCCAAGCCAAGGAGUCUGGGAUCGAGGUGAUCCAGUCUCACUGUGCGUCUGACGGCGCCGCCAGUGGAGCGUGCACGGUGGAGGUCGAGGCCACCGGCUGCAGCUACAAAGCCAGCGGUGCGGUGCGAGGCGGCGAGCCCGUCCUGCUGCAGCUCAGCGACAGUGUGUUCAGACAGCCCGUCUCUCUCGCUGGAAAUCUGCUGUUCUUCAAGGCCUCCCCGAGUCCUCAGCUCCUUUCCUCAGUGGCUGGACUCCUGGCCACAGAGGGAGUGGAGAUUGAGUCCUUCAGUGCUCCAGCAGACUGCUCUGGGGAUCUGUGGUAUUGUGUUGGGGUGUCCUCUCUCCCCAGAGACCUCAGUGCCUUGAAGCCUCUGGUGAAGGAGGCCGCACAGAUCACUAUUUAGAUGACGGGAGCAAUGCUGUCCAUAAAUAUUCUAGAUUGUCGAAUAAUAAUUGAUCCAUCUCAGUCUUAGGGUUUACAACUAACUAAGGGUUUACAACGAUAGGUUGAACAUUUGUGGCUAAAAACUUGACAUUUUGGUAACAUUCCAGUGUGUUUUACAUCUACUUUGUUGAACUCAAAAUAAAUUCACUGUCAUGUGC